AUGGUUAUCAAAGAAUCGUUAAUUUAUGGACAAAAUACAACACAACGGAUUGUGGGUGGAGUAGAUAUACCAAGAGGCACUUACGUACCGUACCAGGUUUCAUUACAAUACCGUGAUAGAAGUAACGAGUUUCACCAUUACUGUGGUGGUUCUGUUCUAACGGCGAAACAUAUCUUAACUGCUGCACAUUGUUGUCUUGGCUUGAACCCUAAACGUAUCUCUGUUUUAGCAGGGGUAAGAGACUUAAGAGAUAAGACUGGGCAACGGGUACAGGUUGUGUCAUACGAUAUACAUGAGGAUUAUCAAGAGUUGUUCACAGCAGAUAUUGCAAUACUACGUUUGGAUUCGCCACUUCAACUGGAUGGUGUAGCAGUUGCACCAAUUAGUUUGAGUGGUACAAGUAAAAUUGGUGGUGGUGUUCGAGCCACACUCACAGGUUGGGGAUUACGUUUACCCGUACCUUUUCCGUUUUUACCAUCUCAUUUGGAAAAUAUUAACUAUCCUACCACACUACAAACUAUGAACUACAGCACUGUUUCAAACAGAGAUUGCGAAAAUAGUGGUAUUCAGUUAACUCCUGCUGAAAUAUGUGCCAAAGGUUAUUUCCUCAGAGGCGCCUGUUCCGGUGAUUCUGGUGGUCCUUUGGUUAUACAUACUCCAAACGGCUUACGUCAAGUUGGAAUAGUUUCUUAUGGCUUAAUUAUUUGUGGAGUUUUUGAUGUGCCUGAUGUGUAUACUAGAGUGUCAGCAUUUCAAAAUUGGAUAACAAAUCGUAUAAAGUAG